UGUUUUUUAAGCUCUCGUUCGCGUUCUCCUGUUAAGAAAGAGCGUGAUUCUUCGCCAUCACCUCCAACUAUCACACAUAAUAACAAUGUCAAAAUCAAUCCGUACACAAGGUUGCCUUAUAGUAAAAAAUAUUGGCAGAUUUGGGAGAAACGUCGACAACUCCCUGUUUGGGAGUAUAAAGAGAAGUUCAUGGAGAUCCUUCACAACAACCAAUGUAUGACUCUUGUGGGAGAAACUGGUUCUGGAAAAACCACACAGAUACCACAAUGGUGUGUGGAGUAUGUCCGUCAGAGAGCUGUUCCUGGUCAGCGGAGGCUGGUAGCCUGUACACAACCAAGAAGAGUUGCAGCUAUGUCCGUAGCUGCACGUGUUGCAGAUGAAAUGGAUGUACAGUUGGGACAGGAAGUCGGAUAUUCUAUUCGUUUCGAAGACUGCGUCAGUUCGCAAACUAUACUGAAAUAUUGUACAGAUGGUAUGUUGUUACGUGAGGCGAUGAAUUGCCCAUUAUUGGAUGGAUAUGGUGUCAUAAUUCUUGACGAGGCUCAUGAAAGGACAUUAGCCACUGAUAUUUUAAUGGGUUUAAUAAAGGAGAUUGUUAAACAACGUGCAGACAUAAAAAUCGUCAUCAUGUCUGCUACACUUGAUGCAGGGAAAUUCCAAACUUAUUUUGAAAAUUGUCCGCUGAUGUCUGUACCUGGGCGCACGUUUCCGGUGGAGAUCUUCUUUACUCCGGAGCCAGAGAAAGAUUAUCUUGAGGCAGCGAUUCGAACCGUUAUACAAAUCCACGUGUGUGAAGAGGUCGAGGGUGAUAUCCUGUUGUUUCUUACAGGGCAAGAAGAAAUUGAAGAAGCUUGUAAACGGAUAAAACGAGAGGUCGACAAUCUUGGACCCCAAGUGGGAGCACUAACCUGUGUCCCACUGUAUUCAACACUACCACCAAAUCAACAGCAGCGAAUUUUUGAACCAGCACCACCCAGUAAACCUGGUGCAAUAGGCCGAAAGUGUGUCGUUUCAACAAACAUUGCUGAGACAUCGUUGACAAUUGAUGGUGUGGUCUUUGUGAUCGAUCCCGGGUUUUCUAAGCAAAAAGUGUACAAUCCAAGAAUUCGAGUCGAGUCUUUGUUGGUGUGUCCAAUUUCUAAGGCGAGUGCUAUGCAACGUGCAGGUCGAGCCGGUCGAACGAAACCUGGAAAAUGUUUUCGGUUGUAUACCGAAAAGGCAUACCAAGAAGAAAUGCAGGAACAAACUUAUCCAGAAAUUUUGCGGUCGAAUUUGGGAUCAGUAGUGCUUCAGCUGAAGAAGCUUGGAAUUGAGGAUCUCGUCCACUUCGACUUUAUGGAUCCUCCAGCACCAGAGACAUUGAUGAGAGCGUUGGAACUUCUAAAUUAUUUGGCCGCCAUAAAUGAUGAUGGUGAACUGACGGAGCUCGGGUCUCUUAUGGCUGAAUUUCCAUUGGAUCCUCAAUUAGCCAAGAUGUUGAUAACGUCUACGGAACUGAACUGUUCGAAUGAAAUAUUGUCAAUUACUGCUAUGUUAUCUGUUCCACAAUGUUUUGUGCGUCCGAAUGAGAUGAAGAAAGAAGCAGAUGAGGCCAAAGCACGGUUCGCUCAUGUCGAUGGCGAUCACCUUACUUUGUUAAAUGUGUAUCAUGCGUUCAAACAAAAUAACGAAGAUGUGCAGUGGUGUUAUGAUAACUUCAUUAACUAUCGUACACUGAAGACAGCGGACACUGUGCGUAUCCAGCUUGGAAAAAUUAUGGACAAGUUCAACCUUCGACGCGUUUCUACAGAUUUCAAGUCGAAAGAUUACUAUAUAAACAUUCGAAAAGCUCUAGUUGCCGGAUUUUUCAUGCAGGUUGCUCAUCUUCAACGAAGCGGGCAUUAUGUUACUGUGAAAGAUAACCAGCUUGUGAAUCUUCACCCAUCAACUGUACUUGACCAUAAACCUGAAUGGGCACUCUAUAAUGAAUUUGUGCUGACGACAAAAAACUUUAUCCGAACCGUCACGGAUGUCCGACCGGAAUGGUUGUUAACAAUCGCUCCUCAAUAUUUCGAUCUGUCGAAUUUCCCAGAUGGUGACACAAAACGGAAGUUGCAGUACGUUGGUAAUUCAUUACGUGCUCUUCAGAAUAGUAAAGGUUACUGA